AUGUCUUUGUCUGUUUUCUUGCCGCUGCUUCUAGCGUCCAGUUCAUUUGCUGCGCAACCCAAUGCACCGCUACCCAAAGCCGCCCCGCUGCGGGAACUGCCGUGGGCUCAGCUCAACUUCCUUCAUACUACCGACACCCAUGGUUGGCUAGGAGGCCACUUGCAGGAGUCUUCGUACUCUGCUGAUUGGGGCGACUAUGUCUCGUUCGCCAAGCAUAUGCGUGACAAAGCAGAUGCAGACGGUGUAGACCUCCUUCUGAUUGACACCGGGGACCGGGUCGAAGGGAACGGUCUCUAUGAUGGAUCUGAGCCGAAAGGCAGAUAUCUCUUUGAUAUCUUCAAACAGCAAGAGAUAGACGUCGUCUGCUCAGGAAACCACGAGUUGUACAAGCAGAACUCUUCGGAGAAUGAGUUCCACUACACUGUUCCCAACUUCGAAGGAAGUUACCUUGCGUCCAACCUGGAUAUUUUCAACCCCGACACCGGCGAUCUUGAAGCUCUAGCUCCGCGCUUCAAGAAGUUUACCACCAAAAACCAAGGCAUUCGGAUCCUUGCUUUUGGGUUUUUGUUCAACUUUGUUGGAAACGCCAACAACACAGUCGUUUAUCCCGUUGAAGAUACGAUAAAGAAGAAGUGGUUCCAAGAAGCCAUCCAUGACAAGGAUGUAGAUCUUAUUCUUGUCACUGGUCAUGUGCCUACUCGCGCAACGGAGUACGACCACAUCUUUAAAGCCAUCCGAUCUGUGAACUGGGAUAUACCCAUCCAGUUCUUCGCUGGACAUGCCCAUGUUAGGGACUACAAGGUGUUCGACAGCAAGGCUGUUGCUAUGGCCAGUGGACGCUAUAUGGAGACCAUUGGGUUCAUGUCAAUCAAAGGUCUUGGUAACGGCAAACCUAAAGACGAUAUUACCCACUCGGGAAUUUCAUUUUCCCGUCGCUAUAUUGACAACAACCUUUUCUCAUAUUAUCACCACAGUAACAAGGACGGCGAUACAUUCCCCACCCCGCACGGUCAGAAUGUCUCGAAAAUGAUCACUGCCGCUCGGGAUGCACUUCAACUAGACAAGCGGCACGGGUGUGCACCGCAACCCCUUUGGGUCAAUCGCGCACCAUACCCGGCGAAUGACAGCAUUUUUUCUUGGCUUCAAGAGCAUGUACUGCCGGUGCAACUCAAAAAUUCUUCUCGUAUUAUGAAAGAAGACAAGAAAGCGCUUGUCAUUGCGAACACCGGUGCCAUGCGUUUCGACAUAUUUCAAGGACCUUUCACGAAGGACAGUGCUUUUCUCGUCUCUCCGUUUACUAGCGGCUUCAGAUACUUGAAAGACGUUCCUUACAGCGCGGCCAAGCAUGUCCUAUCGCUUCUCAACAACGAAGACCGUGUGCUUCAAACCACUUCGGGAGAAACUCUGGAUUCGGCAGUUCUAUCACCACCAGAGCAAUGGAGCGGCCGCAUCGGGGAUUCCCUAUCCGGCUUGAACAGCCACAACCGGUUUCAAGCCCCUUUGAAUGUAUAUCCGCACAAGUCGUCUGACCUAAUCCCUGGCUAUACUACCAUCGACGACGAUGGUGAUGAUGGCGAUGAUACUGUCCACUCUCAGAUUCAAUUUUUCGAUGUACCGAACUGUAUCCAGACAACACUCGGCUUCGCUCCUGACGAUGAGAAUGUACCUGAAGAGGUUGAUCUUGUGUACAACGAGUUUGUGCAACCAUGGCUCCUAGUGGCGCUGAGGUACCUGGGUCAGGAGUACAACACGGCAGAUACUCAAGCAUACAUGGAGGGCAAGAGUUUCACAGACAUGAUUACGGACUGGAUCAGCGAGCAUUGGGAUUGCUAG